GACCGCGAUAAAACUGGAGACCAACCUUGCAUUGCAGCCGCAGCCACCCCUUCCUGCGCAUGACCACUUUUCCACGAACCGUCAUAGUGUCCGCGGUACCCUGGAUUCGCCUACUUCACCCUUAGGCCGAGCUCCCGCUUUACCAACGCCGCUGUCGCUGCUGUCGUAACACUCGCUCGCUCUAGAAGCCAAAGAUCGGCAAAACUUCCAUGCUCAUACAACGCCAUAACAUCAUACGGAAAUACCGAUCGACUGCAUCGCUGCCCACGCCUUGGGCGACAUGCUCACACUCGUCUCGCUCUACAGCCUCCCUCCCGUACUCCUUAGCCUCGUCCUUACACACGCCUACGCAUCCCCAGAUGGAGUUAUCGGCGAACAAAAGACGCAUGUCCGCCCUACCUUCGCGACCGCCUUGACCGGCGGCGAGGGCUGUGACCUGUCCGAGAUUGACGACAUCCGCGAUGGCUUCUCCGAGAUGGUUGCCCUGUUUGCCGCUGCUACGCCUUUUGACCCCACCUCGCAGCCAGGACGAGAGUUCUUUGGCCCCUCGAUAGCUGGAAACUACACCGACAUGAUUGCCAAGAAUCUGCAGCGAGCAGCAAACUACGGAGUACUCAACGGAGAGGAUGGUGCUAUCAAUGCCGACAUCCAUAUACGAUGCGAUGACCCCAUGAACCUUUGCGACAGAGGCAACAGACGGGAAGGUAACCACGCCGCUUACAACAUCGGCAACGAACCGCACAUUGUCUUCUGCUCCGACUACUUUAACAUGGACCCCCUCGAGGCGCGAAUAAACAACAAGGCCGAAGACCAAAUCCAAAAGGACCGCCUGAUGGAAUACUACAACCGCGCUUCUCUGUGGGCACGCAUGGUGAUGCAUUUCUCUGACAUUGGCACAGCAGUCGUCCAACGGCCCACGCCCGCACCUCCAAACUCGACGACCGAAUGGAUUGUAACCUCUUCUGAAGGUCCAAUGAACACGUCUGUGCUCGCUGGCGUGCUCAACGAACAAGGCGAUGGCCCGACUGACCGCCAAACCCUCAAGUAUGCAUACGGCGCCACACGCGCAAAGCUGCUCGCCACUCUGUCCACCCAGAUGCCCUACGACGCUGCAAACAAUGCCGAAAACUAUGCUCUCUACGCCCUGUCGCAAUACAUCAUCAAAGACAAGACCUUUUACCCUGCAGUCCCCAUCAUGGAUUUCCCAAACGAAGCAAGCGUGCUUACCAAUGACAACCUCCAGGAUGGUGAAAGGUGCAAAUAUGCCUUUUUCGACAUGUCCGACGUCGUUGCAAGACCAUCAGAUAUGUUAUUAGAAGGUGCGCCGCUACCCUCUACAGGCUCAUCUUCUCAUGCCUUGUCUUCGCCCAUGAUAGGCGUGACUGGAGCUGCCUUGGUCUACGCCUUCAUGGCUACGUCGAUUGGAUGAAGUGGAUCUAAGUUGCGAGAAACGCCAAGCAUUUUCGCGUUUUGAAAGAAAUCUCCCAAGAAGAAGAGCACAAACAAAACUUUGUUAGGAGAUGUGAAUGGUAUGGGAGCCAUGUGCGCUUUCAAACCCCCUGUUAAACCUUGUGUGUGUCUGGCAACAUUGAUUGCCUGAUGUGAACCCAUGAUGGACAGACAUCGUAUGAUGCAACACGGGUCCGGGAAAGCACCUCCUCAUAUUGGAUGGCUACGCGCUAGGAUGUGAAUUCCCAUCAUGAUGGCAAUUUUUCGG